UUUUGGUCUGGCGUUGAAGGCACUCGGUCACGAGGACCAUCAUGCGGAAGAGUGGAAAUCUGAUAAUCAUCAAAGGCUAAACUAGUCUUAACGGGUUGUUUUUUUAAACGGGUGGGAUUGUUAUUAUUAUUGGGGGUUUUUCAUGUUUUAUUUUGUUUAGAAAGUCAAGAUACAAUGUCGUCGGAAGAGUUCGAGAAGUUGGACGACAUCUACAAAUCACUUUACGAGGAGCUAAAGCUAAUUCCAGAGAAAGCGCUGAAAAGCUAUGGAGAGGAGAGGAAGAGGUUGGUGAGGAGCUUCGAUGAGAGACAGGGGGAGGCUGAGGAAGUGUUGCAAGGAAUGGAAGAGGAGCUGCGUGGUGCUCCUUCUUCCUAUCGAAAUUCGAUGACAGCAAAACUGCGGCUGCACCGUCGUGAUCUGGCUAAACUACAGAGGGACAUGAAAAACUCUGCUUCGAGCUUUGGCUCCUCUUCACAGCCAGUGGGAGGAAGUCAUCAUGGCAUCUAUUCAUCUCAAAACCAGCAAAGUACACACCUUCAGUCCCAGAGAGCCUUGCUCCUCCAGGGCAAUGAUUCUCUGAACCAUGCGAGCCAGAGCAUUGAACGCAGCCAACGCAUCGCUGCAGAGACGGAUCAGAUCGGUACAGACAUUAUCGAGGAGCUGGGAGAGCAGCGAGAACAGCUGGACCGAAGCAGAAACAGAUUGGUGAACACCGGAGAAAACCUCAGUCGAAGUCGGAAAAUCCUUCGUUCCAUGUCUCGACGGUUGGUGACAAAUAAGUUACUUCUUGGUGUAAUCAUUUUAAUGGAGCUGGCCAUCCUGGGUGCUGUGAUCUACCUGAAGUUCUUCAGACGAUGAGUAAACUCCAUCACCUCCACAGAGUCUUUUUUUGAAUGCUCUGGAUCAAGGACAAACGAGAUUCUUUACAUCUCCCUCCAUCCACUGUCCAGUAGCAAUAACACUGUUCCGCUCUCUCCAUCAGUGGAAACAAGGACAAUGAGAAGACUCAGCUUUAAACGAACCUUUACUGAUGGUGGAUUCUGUCCACGAACAGGUGAAGCGUAUUCAUCAUGAAUAAUGUCUUUAAACCUGUCCGUGGACCAAACCUGCAGGAGCCUUGUGGAUUAACUGAAAUUUGCACUGUUUUAUCAGACUGUUACACCAGUGAUGCCCCAUGGGAGGGAUUUUUCUUUGGACAUGAUUGUCUGUGAGGUUUAAGUGAAGUCAGCGUUCAGUCUACUCACUCUGUCAUGUGAAGAUUCUCUGGUGAUAGUACUUGUGACAAAUAAUAAUAGACAUCAACAGCCUUCUCUGAUUGCAAUUCUUUUAUUAUUUUUGUUAAAUAACUUUUUCAAACUAAACCAAAAGUAUAAUUUAAAAAAUGGCAUUAGCUGGAUCUAUUUUGUCUUGGUGCCAAGUAUCCAGAUGGUGGAGACAGAUGCAAUGUUUUUCACAAUUAUUAUUGAAGUCUAAUCACUGUAUAAUACAAAUAACACUAUUAGAAAUAUGUCCCAUUAUUACAGUCUACCCAUUAAAGUUAAUCUCUCAUUCCCAGUUUGUGUUUUAUCUGUUCUUUCCAGGAAGGCAGCCAGGCAGGACAAAUUAAAAAUAUAUAUAUAUAAGCUGUGGAACUGACAUCACCGGAAUUAUUUACAGGCCAAAGCCCAAAACCAGGCCAGGUUAGUGCCGGGCAUAACACUGGGUAAACAGCAUCUGUUACUAUGGAAGUAAUUCUCACAUAAUGGGUGAUAAAAUUGUUUUCACUGCUGUGUUUUUGAAGUGGCACAUCUGCCACAGUGUUGUUCUUCCGCAUAGAUAUCAUGCCCUGCUGGAGUGACUGGUUUUGAGAAAGAGGUGGAGCAUCAUGGUAGGUGGCGUGUUUGUUUUGCCUUCACUUUCCUAUUAAAAAAACAUUUUCUUUUGCAGUUUUA